GCCUAUUAGUGUCGCGCGCCACUUCCAUCAACGCCCAAAAGGCGAAGAAGAGCAGAGCAAAGCAAAGCUCCACUUUGAUCUUCGUCGCUAAGUUUCCCUCUCUUUCUACAGAACACCAACAACUUCACAGCCCACUUCCCACUCCCAAAACCCCACCAGAAUGCGCCUCUUCUUUUGCCUCAUCUCCUUCUUACCCUCCUUCUUCCUCACCGGCACGGUCCCCGUCUCCACCGCCGCCGCCGCCGCCGCCGCCUUCUCCGCCCACCAUUUCCCUCUCCACAGAGCCUUCCCCCACUCUCCCACUCCCCAUUUUCAUUCCCUCAGAGCUCGCGACCGUCUCCGCCAUUCCCGCGUCUUGCGCCGAUUGCGUGGUGGCAUCGUCGACUUCUCCGUUAAAGGCUCCUCCGAUCAAUUCGUCGGGCUUUAUUACACCAAAGUGAAGUUGGGCAAUCCCCAGAGGGAAUUCAACGUGCAGAUCGAUACUGGGAGUGACAUUUUGUGGGUCAAUUGCAGUCCUUGCGAUGGUUGUCCCCAAUCAAGCGGACUUGGAAUAGAACUCAACUUGUUUGAUACUGCAAUGUCGUCGUCUGCUAGGCUUGUUUCCUGCUCUGAUCCGAUAUGUUCUGCAGUUCCGACCACCACAAAUCAAUGCUUAUCCCAGAAUGACAACUGCAAUUACACCUUCCAGUAUCGAGAUAGAAGUGCGACGUCAGGCUUUUAUGUUACUGAUUCAAUGUAUUUUGAUAUGAUUCUUGGGGAGUCUGUGAUUGCAAACUCUUCAGCCGCUAUUGUUUUUGGGUGUAGCAUAUAUCAGUAUGGGGAUUUGACUCGAACAACCGUAGCACUUGAUGGAAUUUUUGGAUUUGGUCGAGGGGAGUUUUCAGUUAUAUCACAAUUAUCGUCUCGAGGGAUAACACCUAAAGUUUUCUCUCACUGUUUGAAAGGAGGGGAAAAUGGAGGGGGUAUCUUGGUUCUUGGUGAGAUUCUGGAGCCCAGCAUUGUUUAUAGUCCACUUAUUCCAUCUCAGCCGCACUAUACCUUAAAUCUACAGAGUAUUGCAAUCAGCGGGCAACCAUUUCCAAAUCCCACAGUGUUUUCAAUAUCAAAUGCAGGAGGAACCAUUAUUGACUCUGGAACAACUUUAGCAUAUCUUGUGGAAGAAGUUUACAACUGGAUUGUCUCUGUAAUAACUUCUGCUGUUUCUCAAUCAACCACCCCUACAAUUUCCAGGGGUAGCCAAUGUUAUCGAGUCUCGACAAGUGUAUCAGAAGUAUUUCCAGUGAUCAGCUUUAAUUUUGAGGGUAUUGCAUCCAUGGUGCUGAAACCUGAAGAAUAUCUUCAGUUUGACUCCAUAGAACCUGCUUUACGGUGCAUCGGUUUUCAGAAAGCCGAGGAUGGAAUAAAUAUUUUAGGAGAUCUUGUUUUGAAAGAUAAGAUCGUUGUCUAUGACUUAGCUCGACAACGGGUCGGAUGGGCCAAUUAUGACUGUUCGUCAUCUGUAAAUGUUUCUGUAACGUCCGGGAAGGACGUGUUCAUCGAUGGACAGCUGAGUGUCAGCAGCUCCUCGAGAAAGCAUUUCUAUCAGCUGCUCCACAUCGUCGUUGUACUACUAAUACAUUUGAAAUUGUUUUGAAGUCCAAUAACUCUGAGGAUUCCCCUGUCUUCAUUAUUUGUGCUAGCCGCCUUCACCUGGCCAAUCUGUAUUUUGAAUGCUUGGACGGGUUGGUUAUCACCCAAGCUCGAAGAGCAAAUGUUUGUGCACCUCCUGCUGGCUAAAUGCAGGCAUCAUUUUCUUCAAGCUCGUCGUUCUGCUGCGACCCACAAUGAGGUCCUGCUAUUAUAAGUUGAAAGCUGUAAGUUUUGAAAUUUUAGUUUGAUCUGUGAAGAGGGUUGUGUUGCCGUAGAAAAUAGUUUAUGUCAAUGGCCUUAAGAUUAGAGGUAGAAGUAGAAAUAGAGAUGCCAUUGUAGUAGGUAUAAUCUGUUAGUGUAAUUGAAUACGAUUGAUAGUGCGUUAUGUCACGGUCAUGCUUGUCCAAGGUGUGUUAGUCGGAUAUCCCGAUCAUGCUUGUUUAGGACGUGUUGUCCAUGGUUGUAUGCCCGUUCUAAACCCCCUUUUACAUGCUUUCAUCUUAGAUAA